AUGUCGUCUUUUUUUCCUCCCGUCAAAAUCGUUUUUUACAACGCUGUGGAACAGCCAAAUUGUUGCAUCACCCCAAGUGAUGAAAAGAUGAAAGGGAAGAAAGUUCUCUCGAACCAUUUUCCAGGUGGGCGAAGGCUCCCUUCUUAUAGUUUUUCAACAGCGUGUGCCCCACACGAGCUUGUUGCUGUUCACAACGCAACCGCAUUGGUGUUCAUGCAAGAUGCUCUGCAUGAAAUCCGCCCCCGUCGCUCAACUCCUAUUGGGCGUUAUGACAAGCCAUGGUCGCUCCUCUCCCAUUGGCUCUAUGACUGUCGCUGA